UUUCUCAUUGUAACAUCAUAAUCAUCGGAUGUAUACGCACCGAGCGGAACUUAUACGAUAUUAUUUACAUCAAGUACAAACGGCCUUUUUUUUCAUUCGGAUAAAAAAGAAAAAAUAAAUACUUUGUUGGUUUUUCAUAAGUAAUUGCAUUAGAUAAUCUUCAGUGUAUUUGAGAAUACAUCAAAAGAGAGUACGGCCAUAUUACUUUUAGGAACACAGAACUGGAUGUUUCCUUCAGAAACAUGGCUGAAGAACAUCGUUUCGCUGGUGUAGUGAAAUUCUGUGUAUACAAGUUUUAAGAUAUAUUUCGGCUAGAAAAGGGUACGAUAAUAAACUAAAAUGACCUCGAUACACUUUGUCGUUCAUCCUUUACCGGGUACCGAUGAUCAACUUAAUGAUAGGUUGAAAGAAGUUGCAGAGAAGAUCAAUAGGUAUGGAUAUGUUACACUGCCUGCAUUUAAUGGAUUAAAAGUUUCCAUAAAACGUAUUGUGGUUGGGCCAACUCAUAUAGCGUUACUCACAGAGGACAAUAGAAUAUGUCGUGUUGCAUUUACAGUAUUGUCUGAUCGACUGGAUUUAAGUAAAAAUGAACCUAACAGAAAUACAACUAAAAAUCAUGUUGGAAAUUCUAAUUCUGCUCCAAGCGGUAGUGGAAGUAGUGGAAGCGGUAGUAGAGCAGGUAUUUCUCGUUCAAGAGCAAGGAUCAUGAGAAGCAGCUCUGCUAUUCGAGGUGGUAGUAAUAGUGGAAGUAGCGGUGGCAGUGGUAGAAUAGGGCCUCCGGGAGUGAUCAUGGGAAGUGGAAGUGGUAACAGCUCACGUCCUAUUGCUUCAGUUCCUGCUCCAUUUGUACCGGAAGAUUUGAUAUCUCAAGCUCAAGUAGUACUACAAGGAAAAAGUCGUAAUUUAAUUAUCAGAGAAUUACAGCGUACAAAUUUAGAUGUGAACUUAGCAGUGAAUAAUCUUUUAUCACGAGAUGAUGAAGAAGGCGAUGAUGCUGAUGAUGCAGCAGAUAGUUAUGUACCAGAAGAUCUUAUAUCCUUAUUAGAUGGAGGCUUCAGUAAUGAACAUUCUGUUAUAAUCGAUGCAGACUCUAUGUUUUCUGAGGAUAUGUUUGGUUAUGCAGGCAUAAGACAUCGUGGAAGUUCUUCGCGAAGACUUGGUAAUGACAGAGAAGGAGAACGUUCAUCUGAACGUGAUAGAGAUCGUGAUAGUUUUAGCAGAUGGAGGGAUCGUCAAUAUUAUGGGCCACGACGUUGGUUAGAAACUGCUUUAAAAGAUUCUUGGGAAAAAGAUCCUGAUAACAAGAAAAAAGAGUUAGCUUCUCAAAGCCCUUUGUGGAUAUCAGAAGAACUUGAAUGGUGGCAUGAACGUAGUAAUGAACCUGCUCCACGUUUUGUUCAAAUUGCUGCUCUUUACAGCGAAUUGAUAGCUGUUUCCACUUCCGGACAAUUGUAUCAAUGGAAAUGGUCCGAUCCUGAACCAUACAAGCAUUUAGAGAAUCCAAAUGUUCAUCAUCCAAAAACUAUACCACUAGCAUUGAUGACAGAAAAAAUAGUUAAUAUAUCGGCAACAGCAAUUCGCUGUUCUGUUAGUACAGAAAGUGGCAAGGUAGCUACGUGGUUAGACGAACUUUUGGGACACGUAGCCUCUCGCCUGGAACAUCCAGCACAGGCUUUUACUGAAUUUACAUUGGACAAAAUUGUAUCACUUCAUACAUGUGCUUUAUAUACUGUAGCAAAACUUGAAAGUGGCGCAUUAUAUUGGUGGGGAGUUUUGCCAUUUUCUCAGCGCAAAAAGUUAUGGGAAAAAUAUAAAGCAAAAUCACGCAAACAUAGACCAUCUACAGUGAUAUCAAAUGACAUUAGUUAUGGUACACACGUUUGCAUGAAAAACAGUCCAAUGUAUCAACCUGGUGCAAUAGGAUUUACAAUAGCCAAUGGGGUACCAAAAGUAGGACAACUAUUAUCAGCUGCUUGGAAUUUAGAUGCAACUUGCAGAUUUAAAAUAUUACCAGCUGGAUCACAUUUACCUAAUUCAAAUUUUGAUAAACGCGAAUCAAAUGGAAAUGGUAAUACUUCAAUAAAUAAGUCAAAUCAUAAAGAAACAGCUGAUCGACUCGAUAUGCCACCACCUCCAUCGCCUGCUUCCAGCACAUGUAGCGACACAGGUAGCAUCACAACGAGUCAUAAAAGACAAAAACGUUUAACGCCUCGAAAUGAAGGAGAAUCUGAACGAAAAGAUGAAGAAGAUUGGCAAUUGAAAGACGUAGUUUUUGUAGAAGAUGUCAAAACCGUUCCUAUUGGAAAGGUUAUUAAAGUUGAUGGUUGCUAUGUAGCUGUUAAAUUCUUUUCAAAAGAUUCGAAAGAGAAGGAAAAAGAGACUAAAGAAAAAGAUUUUAGUACAUCUGAUUUUAAAGAUUUGACGGCUGAAGAAUUGAUCAAAUUAUUAGCCGACUGUAGGCUUUUAAGAAAAGAUGAAUUGCAAGUUAUUAAAUCAUCGAUGAAUCCAAGAGCACCCGAUUGCUUCCAACGUACUCCUAGAAGAGUUAAUAUAGUAGAAGGCUCGAGUGAUAAUCUUUUAACUAUUGCAACCGAUGGACAAGGCAUUCAUGCUAUAUUAAAAAGUGGGAAUAAGUUGAGCUAUGUUGUGUAUAAUUUAAGUACAGGAAGAUAUGUUCAAGAUUGUUAUAUUCCUUCGGAUAUUACUGCUUUCUUGGGAUUACAGCCUCAAAAUAUUAAUCUAACAAGUGCUGGAGAAAAUAUUGAAUGUUCUAUGAUACUUAGAGAUGGAAACAAUACAAUUUAUCCAAUAGCAAAAGAUUGUGCUGAUGCCAUUAGAGAUCCAAAUUGGUUAGAUUUACUCCCAGUAGUUUGCAUUGGAACAUCAACUAUUCCCAUACCAAGUUGCUCUAAUUCAACAAAUCUUAAAAAUCAAGUUGCAGUGAUUGCAUUGGCAUUUGACAAUCUUCUACUAAUGUCACGUAUACUGAGAUGCGAUUACGAUAGCGUAAAACAAUUAUUUUGUAAUUUGGAACAAGAUCUUAAGGGUAAUGUGACACAAAUACAAUCGAUAGUCUUAGAACGUUGUGAUGGUAAUCGAAAUAUCCUUCAUGCUUGUGUUACUAUGUGUGCACCAACUUCUAAUAAGAAAAGCGAUAAAGAUAUUGGAUAUGCAUUGGUCUCAAAUGCAGUAGAUGGUACCUCAGCUCCUAUUGAAGAACCAAUACCAACUUUGAGUUGGCCACCUGAGGCAUUCGACAAUACAUCUGGAGAAGAAGACAGUUUGCUUAGCAUAGAUUCCGUUGAAAGAAGGAAUAACGCGCUGCUAAUACUGAAGUACAUGUGCGAAAGUAAUGUAUUAGCUCCUUACUUGAAAGAAUUACUUACAGCAAAGGAUGCUCAAGGACAAACGCCAUUAAUGCUUGCAGUAUCUGUUCGUGCAUAUCAUGCAGCUUUAAUUUUAUUAGAUACUAUUCAAAAAGUUGGUAGAGAUUCCAAAGAAUGUUCAGCAAUGAUUCUACCUCCUGAUGCUAAUCCAGAUUUAUCUCCUUUAUUCGUGACUUGCUGUAAUGAUACUUGCAGCUUUACCUGGACAGGCGCAGAUCAUAUCAAUCAGGACAUAUUUGAAUGUAGAACUUGCGGUUUAACAGGAUCGUUAUGUUGUUGCACCGAAUGUGCUCGUGUUUGCCAUAGAGGACAUGAUUGCAAACUUAAAAGGACAUCACCAACAGCAUAUUGCGAUUGUUGGGAAAAAUGUAAAUGUCGUGCUCUUAUCGCUGGCUAUCAAGUUGCACGUUAUGAUCUUUUGUGCCGACUUGUAGUUAACACUGAUCUUGCAACAAAAAUCAAUUCACGAGGAGAAUGCAUUUUAUUAUUUUUGGCCCAGACAGUAGGAAGGCAAUUCAUAGAACAGCGUCAAUUUAGACCAGCAACUCGACCUCGAUCGACAUCUGCGAGUCGUAAAGCCCCAUCAUCAGAUGGAUUAGGUGCUGAUUCUGAUAUGCCAGAUCAUGAUUUAGAGCCACCUCGUUUUAGUCGAAAUGCUCUUGAAAGAUUACUAAAUGACUGGUCAGCAGUUCAAUGUAUGAUUAUGUCAGGGGUCUCUGAAAAUGGUAAUGAACAGUUAUUUGGAGAUCAAGGACAAUUAUGUCGCCAAAGUGGUACCGCAUUAUUAGAUAAAUUCACCCAUCUGUUACUUGUUAAAUGCAGCACAGAGAUGCUUGAUACUUUGCUUACUACUCUUAUAAGAGAAUUGCAAAAUGAUUCUAUACCUGGACGUCAAGAAGAAGCAAACAAUGUUGCUCGACGAUUUGUAAGAUCUGUAGCUCGAAUAUUCGUAAUAUUUACUAUCGAAAUGGCACCUAAUACAGCAAAAAGAAAAAGUGCAAGUCAAGCUUCUCAACCUUUGAUGAAAUGUCGCAAAGUUUUUCAAGCUUUAAUUAAAUUGGCAGUCGAAGAAUUGUGCGAAACUGCCGAUUCAUUAAUAGCCCCGGUACGAUUAGGCGUUGCACGACCAACAGCACCAUUUACGUUAACAAGUUCUGCUGUGGAAGUAAUAAAUGGAUCUGAAGAAUUGUUUUCUAUAGAACCAUUAAUACCUCAUAGUGGAGUUAGUUCUCAAACAUUAGAUGGUGGGUUACAAACGCAACAAGUAAAUAAUAAUAUAACUAUUGCUAGAGAUGUGUCUGCAAUGGAUGAAGUUGAAGGUGGUGAAGAUGUCCCUAUGGAUAUAGAUGGAGAUAUAAGCGAACACGACGAAUCAGGUGUUUCUGGUACUGUUGCUGGUCAACCGCUUGGUGAAGUUGAUAGCAAUGCAGGUGGUGUUGGGGAAGAACAGGCAGGAGAUGGAGAAUCUGAUACAGAAUUAGAUCUUUUAGCUGAAGCCGAAACUGAAUCGGAUUCAGACGAUAAUCACAGUAAUCAAGAUGCUGCAUCGGCUCAAAGAAGUGUUCAAACUGGAGCUACUGCAGGUUCAGAUGGUGGUAUGGGAUCAAUAUUACUGUUUCCCGAAGAUGAGUCUGGUGAAUCCAGUCAACAGGAAGAUGAUGAAAGUGAAGCAGGUGAAACAGACGAACAAGAUAAUGAAGAUUUUCAAAUUGGAGAUGAACAAUUGGAACGUAGAAGUGGAUCAUCUGGCCAUUUACAUCGCAACAAUUUGGCACCAGUUUCUAUGCAAUGGGCUAUUCGUAAUCGUGAAUCAAGUACGCGUACUGCAGGCUUACGAGUGACGGGCGGCAGUAAUUUGGUUUUUAUCGAUCCCGUAUCUCUGAGACGUACCACUGCUACAUCUGCCGUUGCAGCUGCACAAGAACCUAUAACUAUGGGAACCACUGCAAGUUGUUUGGCACGAGCUUUUGGAAUUGUAAUUCGACAGAUUGCCGAUCUAUUAGUUAUGAUGCAAGAUUACAAAACGUUGGCUCCUACUUUACCACGAUUAAUGGAAAUUACCUUUCAAGAUGCAUUGAACUUACAGUUAUAUUUAGAAGCACAUUUAAAACCUACAUGGGAUUGGCUUUUAACAGUUAUGGAUGCUACCGAAGCACAAUUAAGGUUUGGAGUGUCUUUGACGCGUAGCGCUGAUCCGACACAUCCUGAACAUCCACUUAAUAAUGCUCCUUCACUUUCUGGCGGUAAUUUCACUGGGUUAUUGAGUUCAGCAGCUCUCUCUUUGACAUUACAAGGAAAUGCAAGUCGAAACCAACGCAGUGGUAUUGCAACAAGCUCCAAUAUUUCUGCUCCUCAAGCUUCGACAAGACUUACUGUUGGUUUUGCUGGUGUUAGUGAACCUGCUAGGAAUAGCAGAGAACGUGAAGGUGGUGAUUUGCAUUCUGCUAGGCGAGAGUUUUUGUCUUACUGUUUAUCUUUGAUGCGUGCUCAUAAUGGAGAACACAGAGACAGUUUACCAGUUUUAGACGUUUCCGCGUUAAGACACGUUGCAUAUGUAUUCGAUGCUCUUGUGUAUUACAUGCGUUGUCUUUCUGAACCAUUAACAUCAAGAGGCGAAGCGCAAAAAGAGUCAUCCAAUUAUUCAACAUGGAAUGAUCAAGAUGAAAAUGAUAAUGAUGAAGGAGAGGAAUAUAAUUCUCCAGCACCUACUGCAUUAGAAACCGAUUCUGUGGACUACCCAGAUUUACUUCAAGUUCCCAUAUGCGGGUCUGGAAAUAACAGUAAUUCUACACCUAAAGGAAGAAAACAUCCUUUCUUUCAAAGAUCAGAUUCUACCUUAUGCCUUGGUUGUCCGCCUCUCGAUCCAUUUGACACAGUUAUGAGCGAAGCAUUACCAUUAGCUGAUCAGCCGCAUUUAUUGCAGCCACAUUCAAGGCGUGAGGAUCUCUUUGGCAUCCCACGACAGCCGACAGGCGCUGCCAACCAAAAUCCAUUAGCAGGUUUGCCUACAAGGCUCGGUCUCUCCGCACGUGGUGCUGACAAUCAAAAUAAUUUGUCAUCUCCUACAUUCAGUCAAAUCAUUCCUGGAGCUACAUUUGUUCCUUCAGAAGUAAGACGACCUUCUGCUUCUGCCGGAGAUUCAGGAUCUACAAAAUUUGUUGAAAAGCCUAAAUCAUAUCAUCAUGUAUAUGAAGGUCCAACGCCUAUGGUAACAGAACAAAUAGACAGAGCUCCUAUAAUAGUAUCUACCAAUAAUCAAAAUGACAAUGGAAAUAGUAAGGGUAAAGAUGUAUGUAAAACAAAUAGAAGUGUUAUAGUUAGAGCUGGAACUAUAUCCGAAACAAACCUGAACAAAGCUACUGCUCCUGAAGUAUUAGUUGUUCCAACGGUUGAAAAUCAGAACGUUUCUGAAGAAGUUGAUCCAGCUGUAACUAGUCAUGAAAUUUCUGCACACGAAACAGUAGAAACAAGUCCAGUGGAAUCUGCUAGAACUAUAUCAACUAUUGGGACAAACAUUUCACAUAAUAUUCUAUUAGGACGAUGGAGAUUAUCAUUGGAUUUAUUUGGUCGAGUUUUUAUGGAAGAUGUUGGUCUAGAAGCAGGAUCAGUUGUAUCCGAACUUGGUGGUUUCUCUGUAAAGGAAGCUAAAUUCCGUAGAAAUAUGGAAAAGCUAAGAAAUUCCCAACAAAAAGAUAUUACCUUGUCAAAGAUUGAACGUGAUAGAACUCAAUUAUUGGUGCAAACGAUGAAAGAAUUAAACACACAAUAUAAUUUAUAUAACAAAAGAACUUCUAAUGCUCCACCUUUGGCAGUAAAUCGAGUAAAAGUAACAUUUAAAGAUGAGCCAGGUGAAGGUUCAGGUGUUGCUAGAAGUUUUUAUACUGCAAUAGCCGAGGCAUUACUUGCAAAUGAGAAACUUCCAAAUCUUGAAGCAGCACAGGUUGGGUCUAAAUACACACAAUAUAACGUUUUACAAAAAUUAAAAAGCAGAGAUCGCGAUCGUGAUCUUAGAAGACAGAAUCCUAGAUCCUCCGGAAAAUGUCGUGAAACACGUAAAGCAUUAUCCUUCGAAGCUCGUUCCUUUCAUCCUUCAAGUUCUGUGGAAGGAAAUAAUGCAUCUGGAUCUGGUAGUUCAUCAUCCAAUACACAUCCUUUACCAGCCAGUCAUCCAAACAAUGAUCAUUUGACAAUGCAUCAACAACAACUUGGUGAUAGAUUAUAUCCUAAAGUACAUGCAUUACGACCUGCAUUAGCAGAAAAAAUAACUGGAAUGCUACUUGAAUUAUCUCCUGCACAAUUAUUGAUGCUCCUCGCUUCAGAAGAUGCUUUAAGACAAAAAGUAGAAGAAGCAUUUGAGUUAAUUCAUAGCCAUAACCAAGACUUAACUAGCGAAGCACUUUUAGAUCUUGAUGUAUUCAGUUUAACCGAACGUUGUGCAGCUAAUAAGAAAAAAAUAGAGAAUAAUAUCAUGGAUGAUGGAGACGAUAACGCUCCUCUUUUCUAUUCACCUGAUAAAAGAGGCUUUUAUACACCUAGACAAGGUAGAGCCAGUUAUGAACGAUUAAAUGCUUUUAGGAAUGUUGGCAGGUUGAUAGGCUUAUGUCUAUUACAAAACGAGUUGUGUCCAAUAUUUUUAAAUCGUCACGUUAUUAAGUAUAUUUUAGCAAGGCCAAUACGUUUCCAUGAUCUUGCAUUUUUUGAUUCUGUAAUUUAUGAAAGUUUGAGACAACUCGUUAUCGAUGCUGAAACUAAAGACAGCAACAGUUUAUUCUCCGCAUUGGAUCUUACUUUUAGCAUUGAUUUAUGUCCUGAAGAAGGUGGUGGCUCGAUUGAACUUAUAUCAAGUGGUCGGGACGUAGAAGUUACAGCAAAUAAUGUAUAUGAUUAUGUACGAAAAUAUGCGGAAGUCCGUAUGAUAAAGGUACAAGAGAAAGCCUUGCAUGCAAUGCGAGAAGGAGUAUUUGAUGUUUUACCAGAGGGAGCAUUGGAUGGUUUAACAUCCGAAGAUUUAAGACUGCUUUUAAAUGGAGUUGGUGACAUUAACGUGUCAGUUUUGAUAUCAUACACAUCGUUUAACGAUGAAUCUGGAGAAGCAACGGAAAAAUUAGUAAAGUUUAAGCGAUGGUUAUGGUCCAUUGUUGAAAAAAUGUCACAUGUCGAACGGCAGGACUUGGUAUAUUUUUGGACAGGGUCUCCUGCAUUACCAGCGAGCGAAGAUGGUUUUCAACCAAUGCCAAGUGUUACGAUUCGACCAGCCGACGAUGCUCAUCUACCAACUGCAAAUACAUGUAUUUCUCGCCUAUACGUUCCAUUGUACAGCUCUCGUCAUGUUUUACGGCAUAAGCUACUUCUUGCUAUUAAAACAAAGAACUUCGGAUUUGUAUGA